AUGUCGCCAGACGUUCGUUUGGUAAAAAAAGCGUCACCGGACGUUCAUUUCGCAGAAAAAGCGUCAUUGGACGUUCAUUUCACAGAAAAAACGUUUCUGAACACUCAAUUCGCAGAAAAAAUGUCACCAGACGUUCAUUUCGCGGAAAAAGCUUCUCCGGACAUUCAAUUCGCGGAAAAAACAACACCAGACGUUCAAUUCGCGGAAAAAGCAUCUCUGGAUACUGUCAAUCUGUUUACAUGUGAUCAAAAUUUCAAACUCAAUUAUCUCAAAAUCAUGCUUUUCAGAGUUUCCGGUUUUUCUACUGCAAAGUAA